AGGGCUGAGAUUUAUCGUAAGCAGGGUGAUGUUACCAUGGCUAUAGUCAACUUUACUCAAGCCAUCAAAUUCAAUCCCACAGAUCAUGAAGCAUAUUUUCAGAGAGCUCAGAUGUAUGAACAGAGAGGUGAAAUGUUAUUAGCUCUAGAAGACUAUACCACAUGUAAAAGAAUAAUGCCCAGUAGAACUGAUGCCAUAAUGAAACAUGGAUUGUAUUAUUUUGAACAUGAAAAUCCAAAUUGGAAUAAUGCCAUCAAUGAUUUUACUGAUUUACUGAAAGUAGAUCCUCUCAAUGCUACAGCAAGGUUGUAUCGUGGUAGAGCCUAUGCUAAAUUGUCACAAUGGAUACCAGCUGUUCAAGAUCUGUCAGCUGCCAUUCAUCUGGAUCCUAGAAACUGGCAGGCAUUUUAUCAUAGAGCUUGUAUCAUUAGAAAGACAAAUCGUGAGAGAGCUCUACAAGAUUAUAGUAUGUCUUUAUUAUUAGAUGAUUCAGAAGAGAAUAUUUUAUCAUAUUUACAUCGUGGUAUACUUUAUAAUGAUUUAGAUUGCCCAGAAGAUGCUAUAGCUGAUUUUGAAAGUGUUUUAACAUUAAAUAAAGAUGUAGCUUGUGCUCAUGUUUGUUUAGGUUUAAUUUAUAUGACGAAAUUCAACAAUUAUCAUAGAGCAAUUAAAAAGUUUACAUCAGCAAUAAAAGUAGAUCCGACACAUCUUAGAGCCUAUUUAACUCUGGCAAUCCGUGAUUUCUCAAGAGCUAUCCAUCUCAGACCAGAUAUUCAACAUUAUUACAUGUAUAGGGGUCAACUGAUAUUAGAAACUGGUAAUCUCGAAUUAGCUGCAUUCUGUGUAAGACAAGCUUCAGAAUUAAAUACUGAUACUGUAGCUAGUUCACUUGGAGAAAAACCAACACAACAAGCUGUAGUUCAGUCAUUCCUUAAAAAUUAUGAUAAGGUAAGCAAUAUUGUUAGAGAUCAAGGUGAUAAUAAACCAGUAGCUCCACUGUUUAUGUUAUUGGGCAAGACCCAGAUGAAAGCUAAAAGAUUCCAAGAUGCUGUUCUGAGUUUCAAUGAAGCUCUAGCUAGACUGAAACCUUGGCGUAUCAGAGAACCCUGGCCAAUGGAAGCUAGUGAAGCACAUUAUUUGUCUGGAGUGUGUCAUGAAGAACUUAAAUCAUACAGUGAUGCUGUGGAAUCAUUUAAUGCUGCUAUCAAAAUUGAUUCCAAGUUUGCUGCAGCAUUUUACCAAAGAGGUUUAGCUCGUAUGAAGUUAAGACAAUACAAAGGUGUACAAGAUUUUAACAGAGCUUUAGCAAUUAAUCCAAAGAUCUUCCAGGCGUUUUUAAGUAGAGCCUGCUAUUAUGGUAUGAAGAAAAACUAUACAAAGGCCAUUUUAAACUGUAACGAAGCUUUAAAAUUACAACCAAAUAGUGUCAGAGCUUACUUAUACAGGGGUGCACUGAAAUUUCAUAUCAGAGUAUAUGAUUUAGCUAUUAGAGACCUGUCUAAAGCUGCCUCAAUAGAUAAUACCUGUUCUCUAGCUUUCUUCAACAGAGCUGUCUGUUAUCAGGAAAACAAGCAAUUUGAUAUGGCUCUGAUGGAUUAUGGUAUUGUAUUACUGUUGGGAGAUAAACUACUAUUAAAGGUGUUUAUUAAUCGUGGAUUGUUAUAUUUUGAACGAAAGGAUUAUGAUAAUGCUGUGUAUGAUUUUCAAAUGUCGGCUAAACUCAGUCCACUAGACCACAGAAUACAUCAUACACUUGGUCUCUGUUAUCAUAAACUUGGAAGACUACAAGAAGCUGUACAAACAUUUACUGAUUGUCUCAAAUUAAAACCAUUCUUCUUGGAUGGACUAAUUUCUAGAGGUAAUGUUUAUAUGGAUUAUGGUCAUGCUGAUGGAUUGGACUUCGCAAGGUAA